AUGGCUGAGGCAGAGGAGGAUUUCAGCUCGCUCCCUCUCCCUGAACGUUUUCAGCACAAGCUAUGGAAAGUCAGGAAAGCUGGGUACGAAGAUGCUGCCAAACAAUUCGAGGUCACACCCGACGAGCACGACCCUGCCUUCCGACCUUUCAUACAAGACCCGGGACUGUGGAAGGGAGCGGCGGCGGAUUCAAACGUGGCGGCACAGCAGGACGGUAUCGCUGCACUGUGCGCGUUCUUGAAGUUUGGUGGGCGUGAGGGUUGUACGAGGACAAGGAGUUCAGUCAUCACCCCGUUGGUGGAGAAGGGUCUAUCGUCUACUAGAGCUGCAACGAAAGCCUCUGCCCUCGAGGCCAUCUUACUAUACAUUGAAUUGGACACCCCUGCGCCAGUCAUCGAAGAACUUCUGCCGGCCCUCUCUCACAAACAACCGAAGAUCAUUGCCGCAACGUUAGCAUGUUUGACUGCUGUCUUCCACAACUAUGGCUGCAAGACGGUCGAUCCGAAACCUGUGCUCAAGAUUUUGGCAAAGGCCUUCGGUCAUGCAGACAAAAAUGUACGCGCAGAGGCUACGAAUCUGGCAGUCGAGUUUUACAGGUGGCUCCGAGAAGCUGUGAAGCCUAUGUUUUGGAACGACUUGAAGCCCACACAGCAAACGGAUAUGGAGGCAUCAUUUGAAAAGAUUAAGGCAGAGCCAGCGCCAAAGCAGGAACGAUUUCUACGAUCCCAACAGGCGGCAAUGUCCCGAGCGCCUCCUCCAGGUGCCGUAGCGUUUGAGGAGGACGAUAUAGAAGAGGAACCUGUGGAGAUCGAUACGUAUGACAUGCUCGAGCCACAGGAUGUCCUUUCCAAAGUUGCAGCAGACUACUCUGACCAAUUGGCUUCGACAAAGUGGAAAGAGCGGAAGGAGGCGCUGGAGGCACUAUUCACAGCUCUCAACGUGCCAAGGAUCAAGGACGGUGAAUUUGGCGAGGUAGUUCGAGGGCUUGCCAAGUCCAUGAAAGAUGCCAACAUUGCAGUUGUCACCCAAGCUGCACAGUGUAUCGAGGUUUUGGCCAAGGGGCUUCGGAAGCCUUUUGGAAAAUACCGAUCGAUCGUUAUGGGCCCUAUCAUGGAGAGGAUGAAAGAGAAGAAAGCCUCGGUACAAGAUGCUCUGGGCGCCGCCCUCGACCAGGUUUUCCUGGCAACGAGCUUGACGGACUGUUUAGAGGAGACUCUUGGAUUUCUAGCCCACAAAAAUCCUCAAGUCAAAGAAGGGACUAUGAAGUUCCUGGUAAGAAGUCUGAGGACCACCCGAGUCGCACCGACGAAGCCCGAGGUCGCUUCCAUAGUGGAGUCUGCAAAGAAGCUUCUCUCGGAAUCUGGCGAGGUUUUGCGAUCUGGUGGAGCUGAGAUACUGGGAACGGUCAUGAAGAUUAUGGGCGAGAGAGCUAUGUUAGCGCACUUGGAGGGGCUUGACGAAAUCCGAAAAGUCAAAAUCAAAGAAUUCUUCGAGACAGCAGAAGUCAAGGCGAAGGAUAAGCCGAAGCCACCGCCCCAAGCAGCCCCUCGAGCCGCACCAGUAGCUGCGCCCAAAAAAGUCGUUGGAAAGAAACCGGCAGCAGUCAAGAAGCUCCCACCACCCCCGAGUCAGUAUGCUCAAGAAGCUCCUCUGGCGCCCCAACCUACAGCAAGAAGUAUUCCGGGAUCCAAGCUUGGAGGACCACCCAAAUCGGGUCUCGCUGCCCCUGGUGGAGGUCUGAAGGCACCAAUGAAGCGCACUCUAGCUGGACCUGGGGGAGCGCCGGCGCCGAAUCUCGCAUCACCUCGACGCCCGGUUUCUCAAGCUCCACCCCCAGAAGAAGAGGUACCAGCCCCACCUCGGAUUGCUUUGGGACGUGGCCUGGCUGGUCGCUCGCUUGCUUCCAAAGCACCAGCACUUAACGCUGUGCCACUAUCGCCCCCCCGGAAUACUGGAAUGGCCGCCGUAGAGCGAGCUGAACUAGAGGAACUAAGACUUGACAAAGACCGCCUUCUCCGACAAUGUGACGACCUUCGACAAGACAAGUCUCGUCUGAACUCGGAAGUACAGGAGCUGAAGAAUCAAAAUGCCCAGCUGAUUGAGGACCACACAAGAGAUGUUCUCUCUAUCAAAGCCAAGGAAACGCAACUUGUACGUGCUAGAUCCGACUGUGAGGCAGCCGAGGCGAUGUGUAAUCAGCUGCGCAGAGAGAUGGAAAGAUUGAAGCGUGCACUCACCAGUGCAGAGCGAGUCAAUAGCCCUUCUGUACUUUCAAGUCCUUCCCGAGAGAGUCCCGAUGAAGCCGGAAUCUACCGCGAUACAGGUAUGUACGGUGCACAGGAUAAUGGACGACCUGGAUACCAUAACCGCGGUGCUCGAUUGUCUUUCAACUCAGCCUUUAGCGAGGAGAAAGAAAACACAGGCGAUGUGUACGCUGCACAAUACAGCCGCAGCAAACUGAGUCCUGAGCUAGGUAGAAACGGCCGAACAAGUGCUGCUAGUGGCAGGAACAGCCCUGCUCCUCAGCAGUAUUCAAGCACGAGGAUGAGCAGAGACACGAGUGCAGACGGUUCUAGAGGAGAAGGCGCUCCGGUCGAGAGUUGGAAGCGAGCAGCGGAGGUGACGAGCGCCCUCAAGGCGAAGAUUGAGCAGAUGAAGGCCCGACAAGGUCUCCACCGACCAUGA